UUCAAAUCCGGCGUCAAACGAUGAGGAAAUCUUAAAAUUCCACCAAGUAAUUUUAAUUAAAAAUUAAAUCAAUUUUCUCUUGUGAGAGUUAUUACUACUUGAAGCAGGUGAAAUUUACAAAAUUUUAAUUGAUACAAUUAAAAAUGCUGUUUUACUCAUUCUUUAAAUCACUCAUCGGAAAAGAAGUUGUGGUGGAGUUGAAAAAUGACCUGUCAAUUUGUGGAACACUUCACUCGGUUGACCAGUAUCUGAAUCUGAAAAUGACGGAGAUUAGUGUAACCGAUCCUGCAAAAUAUCCUCACAUGCUAUCUGUGAAAAAUUGUUUUAUCCGAGGGUCUGUCAUUAGAUACGUUCAGUUACCUGCAGAUGAAGUCGACACGCAGUUGCUGCAGGACGCCGCGAGAAAGGAAGCAGCCCAUUCGAAACAAUAGUUUGAUGAUGACAGUGAUAAAAUCAUGAUGAAUGAUUUAUAAUUUAGGUUCGAAUUUAGAGAGCCGUUUGAAUUUUGUACUUUUCUUUCUGCUUUAACAUUAACUUAUUUUUGAAAAUACAAUAAACUGCUAGAGAUAACAUAUA